UCUUCUUAAUCUUCAUCAUCAUCAUCAUCUUCAGCGCUGAGGCUCACCGAUGGAGGAAAGAACACCAGAAGUGAAAGAUUCUCCGUUUUCCAUCAAGAACCUGCUUCGGAAGCCCGAUGAGCCCCGAGCUCGCGUGACUCUGCUGCGCUUCGGAUCCUGGAGCUGCGCGAGCGCACCGAACACCGUCGCAGCAUCAGAUGGAGUCCGAGGCGCCGCAGAGGCGCAGGAUCCGGAUCAUAAAGACUCGGACUCGGAGCUCCUCCUGGACUCGGACUCGGACGAGCAGAAGACGGAGGAGAGCUCUCAGAAGAAGCUCUGCCGCAAGAAGAAGACCAGGACCGUGUUUUCCCGCGCUCAGGUGUUCCAGCUGGAGUCCACCUUCGACCUGAAGCGGUACCUGAGCAGCUCGGAGCGCGCGGGGCUCGCGGCGGCGCUGCACCUGAGCGAGACGCAGGUGAAGAUCUGGUUCCAGAACCGCAGGAACAAGUGGAAGCGACAGAUCGCCGCCGAGCUGGAGGCCGCCAGCCUCGGGCACGCGCAGAGGAUCGUGCGCGUGCCCGUCCUCUACCACGAGCACGCGGAGAGCGCACGCCCCCCCGCGGCCCUGGCCUUCGCGCACGCGCUGUAUUACCCGCACGCGCUGAGACUGACCUGAACUAACUAACUAACUAACUAACCCAUCCGAGAGUUAACCACCUGACCCUGCAUCAGAUCCAGGAGUUAACCCUCUCUCACAGACUGACCAACCCUGGACUCAGCGUCUGUAAAAACAGAAAGCUAUUAUUUUUAUUAUAAAAAGUCUUGCUUUGCUGAGGAGCGCUGGUUCAGCAAAUCACAGGUGCAGCUGUGUUUAUUAUUAUUAUUAUUGUUAUUCUUAUUAUUAUUAUUGUUAUUAUGAGUCUGAAAUAGGCAGAUUUUCUCUCUUUUCCGUAAAGAUGUGUCUAAAUGGCGCACUAAAGUCAGUCAGUCUCGGGUUUUCUGUGUUUGUGUCUCAUGUCAGUAAAAUAAGGAAAUGCUGGAAAAACAUAUUUUUUCUGUAUAUUUUUAAUCAUGCUGUAAGAUCUUUUUACACGCAGUUUUUCAUUCCAGGACUCCAGUGUUGUACUGAAAUGAAUCGUUAUUGACUUUAUUUCUCAGUGUGGAUGUUCACAAGCAGUACAUAUAUUUUAUUGUCUGACAAACGUCUGAAAUGUUUGUGAAAUAAUCGGGGAUUUGUUCGGGUGUUUUAGAGGA